CUCUCUCUCGCGCUCUCUCUCAGUCUGUGUGAGCCAUUAGGGUUUAAAACCCACGCCUCAGGGCAUCGUUGAUCCUUCCUGCGCCGAAUCGCUGGCUCUGCUGACCCUGAAAGAAAGGCUUGCACCGCAUCUCCAUCACUCCCCCCAUCUGCCCCCUCUGCUCUGCUCUGCUCUGUUCUGUCCGUCACCAUGGUGCUUUCCAAUGACAUCGACUUGUUGCAACCUCCGGCGGAACUUGAAAAGAGGAAGCACAAGCUGAAGAGGCUUGUGCAGUCCCCUAAUUCCUUUUUCAUGGAUGUGAAGUGCCAGGGAUGCUUCAGUAUAACCACCGUGUUUAGUCACUCCCAGACCGUAGUGUUGUGCAGCAGCUGCUCUACAGUCCUUUGCCAGCCCACUGGUGGAAGAGCUCGCUUGACUGAGGGUUGUUCUUUUAGGAAGAAAGGAGAUUAAAUGUAGAUAUUGAAGCAGAAUGAGUAAGCCCAAAACAAAAAGCAGGGUCUGGUGUAGCAAUAGCGAGCAUGGCACACACAGUUCUUUUAUGCCUCGUCGAUUUCCCAAGUUGGGUUUUAAUGAAAAUCUUUGGUUUAUUGUAAACUGCUAU